AUGAAUUACUGUGCCUCUGAAGGCACUAAAUGGAUUUUUAACCCACCAGCACAUCCAUGGAUGGGUGGUGUAUGGGAAAGGUUUGUUGGAUCUGUUAAAAGAAGUUUCCAAAAGUCAGUUGGAAGAAAGAAACUGUCAUUUGAACAGAUGGCUACUGUAGUCACUCGUAUAGAGGCAAUUACAAAUACACGUCCACUCACAAAACCCUCAGCAACUGAUCUUUCUGAAAUUCCACUCAGACCUAUUGAUAUUCUACAAGGAAAUUUCAAAUUCUCAAUUCCAAACUCUGAAAUGUCCAAUUUCAGAAACAAUCCCACAUUUGAGCCAGAGUUGAUACAAAUAGCUGCUCAAGCUUAUUAA